AUGACAGAUUUAUCGUUCGAUAUUAAGUUCAGUGAGUCUUGUCUUUCGCAUGAAGGGAGGCCAAAUUCGAAUGCUACAAUCACGGUGGAUGAAACAGCACCUGCGUUUGAGCUGAACUUCAACUCCUCAAUUCUUGCUUCCUCAGCUCCAUCAACCAAGAGAUCACAAGUUAUAAAUCAAGAAAAGACUCUGCAUUUGCAGAACGGUAGAAGAAUUUCCUUGAAAAGGCGGGAGAACCAUGCAUUAGAAAUCGAAGACAUUGUCAAAAAUAAGAGCUUCGAUGUUGGCAUUAAGGACAUUUAUCAAUCCAUGGAACUUCAAAGUAUGGUUGAACCUACUCAGCAACCCAAAAGGUCGAAACGAACUUCUGCUGAACUGUGGGCCGAAAAAUGGAGGCCCAGAAACUUUCUAGAGGUUGCUGGCAAUGAGAGAACUAACAGGCACCUUCUUAAUUGGCUACGAAAGUGGAGUAAAGCUGCUCAUGGUGAGCCUCUACCAUCAGAAGAAGAAUCGGUAGAUCCUCUCCAGCGCCCUCAGAAAAAGAUACUACUCAUUCAUGGUCCCCCAGGAGCUGGCAAAACAACUGUAGCUCAUAUCAUUGCCAAGCAGCUUGGGUAUGAAGUAGCCGAAAUUAAUGCUUCAGACGAACGAGCUGGUCCAGAAGUUAGAGAAAAGGUGCAUACUGUACUCACCACUCAAUCCUUCAGUAAAAAACCUGUCUGCUUGAUUGCUGAUGAAGUAGAUGGAAGUUCUGAGCAUGGGUUUAUCAAAGUCCUGUUAGACAUUGUCAAUAACGAUGCCAAAUCAACUAAAAGUUUGCACUAUUCAAAUUUGUCCAAAGAUAAAAAAGCCAGGUUACGAAGCAAAUUAUUGACUCGUCCUAUAAUUGCUAUCUGUAAUGAUGUUUACACUAGAUCCUUGGAUAAAUUAAGGGCAGUCUCAGAAAUUGUAGCAUUCCGGAAAUCCAGCAUCAGAUCUGUGAAAGAACGGUUAAAACUAAUUUGUGAUGCCGAAAAAAUUGAUAUUUCAGAAAGGAAUUUAAAUGCGAUAAUAGAUAUAACUGAUUGUGACCUUCGAUCCAGUUUGAAUUUACUUCAAUUUCAAGGCGAUCAACUCCAGAAUAUACUGGGUGAUGGGGAUACCAAACGCAAGGAUUCUCAACUGAGUUGGUUUAGCAUUGCUUUAAAAUUAUUCAAAAGGAACACUAAAGUGGAGAAAAAAGUACAGUUCAAGGAACUCAGCACGUUAUUGGAUACUUCUGGGGUAUAUGAAAGGGUUGCAAAUACCUGUUUCAACUCUUUACACAGCUUGACAUACCAGGAUGCCCAAUUUGGUAAGCUAGCUGAAAUUGCAGAUUGGUUAUGGUUUUACGAUUGCAUUUCAAGUAGUAUCUAUGAGCAUCAAGCACAGGAAAUGAGUAGAUACGGUACAUUGAUUCCAUUGAAAAUGUUUUUGAAUUUCAGUGACGCCAACAAUACCCAUGAAACCGUCAAUAUGAAGAAUAACACUAACCAGUAUUUUGAAAAGAAGAAAGCCAUUAAUGAAAUCGUCAAAUCAAUUCAUUCCAAUUUGGAAGCUUCUUUAUUUAGUUCACUAAAACGCUCAGAUAUGGCAUCUCAAACUCUCCCCUAUGUUUAUCAUAUCAUACUGCCUAACUUCAAAAACAUGGCCAGAUUAAUCAGCCUGAAACCUGAAGAAAAGAUCAAACUUACGGAAGCUGCAAAAGUUCUUAAAGAGUUUGGCUUCACGAUUGAGCAAGCAAAAGAUGAAACUUUCACUUACAUUCAAAAACUAGUUCCGCCAAUUGAUACCGUAGUCAAUUGUCAGAACGAAUUAUCGCAUCAAAAGUCACUUUGCGCACGAGCUAAUCAGAUUCUCCCAUACAUUGAGAUUGAGUUGAAAAGGUUGAACAUCACCAAGAGACACCUAACCGAUUCUGAGCAAGACUUCAAGAAACUACAAGGUACUUCAAAGAGAAGAAUCACAGGGUUGACCUCCCCUAGUAAUCGACAGUCGCGUGCCGCAUCUCUUCAGGAGGGGGGGCAGACUCAAAAUCAGCUGGGUACCUCUAUAGAUUUUUUCGCCAAAUCGCUUUCCCGAGAUGGAAGCUCAGGCAGAACGACACCUGCACCUCAGACGAACUCUCAGAGAGGCACCACCGGACGUAUUUGGGUCCGUUAUAACGAAGGGUUCUCAAAUGCAGUUCGUAGAAACAUCACAUGGGAAGAGCUGUGGAAUUUUUAA